AAAGCGACAAUCAGCUGUUCGAAGCCGUGUCAAAAGCGGAAGACAUCGAAUCGGCGGAUUUGCUGUGGCAUUUACGGGAUACGCGUUUACAGCGAAAAGUUAAUCGGAAUCUAAUUUAAGAUGAUUGCUAAUAGAGCUGCAGCGGGACUCCGCGUCCUGAAGGAUGGAAUCAGAUGUAUUAGCACAUCUGGCGUAAAAAGGAGCGAUAAUCUAUUCGUACAUCGGGACACACCUGAAGACAAUCCGGAUAUCCCUUUCGAAUUCACCCCUGAGAAUAAGAAGCGCGUUGAAGCAAUUCUGAGCAUCUACCCCGAAGGACAUAAACGUGGUGCCAUGAUUCCCCUCCUUGAUUUGGCCCAAAGGCAAUAUGGAUGGUUGCCGAUUUCUGCUAUGCAUAAAGUAGCUGAAAUAUUAGAUCUUCCAAAUAUGCGCGUAUAUGAAGUUGCAACUUUCUAUACAAUGUUUAUGCGUAAGCCAACAGGAACUUAUCAUAUUCAAGUUUGCACGACUACCCCAUGUUGGCUUCGCGGCUCAGAUGAAGUUUUAAAUACAUGCAAGAAACAACUUGGCAUUGGUGUUGGCGAGACGACGAAGGAUCGAAAAUUUACCAUCUCCGAAGUUGAAUGUUUAGGUGCAUGCGUUAAUGCACCUAUGAUGGCUAUUAAUGAUGAUUAUUACGAAGAUUUGACGGCGAAAGAUACUGAGAACAUUAUCCAACAAUUAAAAGAUGGGAAAGUACCAAAACCGGGUCCAUACAAUGGACGCUUUACAUCUGAACCUAAAGGCAAUCCUACAUCAUUGACUGAGGAGCCAAAAGGUCCUGGGUUCGGAAUUCAACCCGGUUUGUAAAAUUUAUAAAUGAAAUGCUUUAGCGUCUAAACAAAUAAACCUUACUUUGAAAUUAAAAA